AUAGCAACUCUGCGAUGCGUUGCUAUGCGAGGUUUUCCCUCCCCUCUGACCUGGCAUCGCGUGGUCGCAGCGGAAGGUGGCGCGGGAAACACAAACACGCACACGCAACAUCGACUGAACUCUACACACACAAACACACUUCAGCACACUCGCGACUGAAUGUUCGCAUGAACACAACGCUCGGGGCAUGGCUGCAGCUCAGUACAGUGACCCAGUGUUCUCAACCAAAGGAAGCCCAUUUGUUGGGCCCCGCUCACCACUGGGCCACUACCACCCGUCUCCUGGCAAGACUCUAACCCAGCGCGCCAGGCACACGUCUCUAAGUCCAGUCCGGCUGCAGUCUCUGAGUCCGAAGGCUGGGUUUAAUGCCAGUGGUUCCCAAGCCCAGAAGCCCGGUGCGCGCCAAGACAAACGGCAAAACGAACGUGUCGAGGCGCAGGUGGCGGUUCGGACGGCGAACUCCCAGCCUGACCCCGACUCUUCAGACCCCUUCGACGAAUCAUGGCCAUCAACAGAGCAGAGCUCAGCUCGCACGCCUGAGGCUGGGGAGAGGGAAGCAGGGCAGGAACCUGUGCCCCCCACAAGAGAGCCUGUCAUUGCGAGGUUUGUUGAGCGGUUCCGUCAUGGCCGCCCCACGAGCCGAGCGGAGCGCGAGGCGGCUGAGCGUGCAGGGCGCGGCUCGUUUUGGUGGCUCCAGGACCCGGCAACCAAAGCCACAGCACGCGCGGUUGAUCACCUCGACUCCGGUCGUUCACAGCUAAGGUCACCACGGAGGUCAUCCAGCGAGAGGUCCUUGGGUCAAAGGUCAUCCGGCAAGUCGGGUCCCAGCCCUGCUUGCUCUUCGUUAGAAGGAAUGAGACAAUGUAACAAUUCGGACACGGAGGGUGAUGGGGAUUUGUCCGUGAACGGCCUCAUGGAUGCAGACACUCGCAGUCUUCAGGAGCGAGCGAGCCAGCUCCUGGAGAGAAGUGAGAGCACGCUGAGCAGCCGUGCGGGCGCCGUCAGCUCGGCGGGGCUUGGUUCCGCGCGCUCGUCGGAACGAAACUUCACCGAGCCAGCACGUCCUCCGUGGGGCCACCUCGAGCUCCUCCUGCCUGGGAGCACGACCCCCCUCGUCUCGUCGCAACCCACGCUGACGACGCCACUCCCGCCUGGCGCAGGCAGAGGAACGACCCCAGCGGAUGACAUCUUGUACCAGUGGCGUCUGCGGCGCAGGAUGGAAGAGGCGAGGGAGUUUGGGACGAAAGCAGCGCACGACGCGCGAGCGGUGCCCUCCAGCGAUCGGGAACUCCCACGACCCACUCCCUGUCAGCUGCCACAGGCUAACGCGGGGGUUCUUUUUACCGCGGAAGAUACGGGGAGGCACCCACCAAACGCCCCUGCCCGCUUCGAGGUGCCCAUCGCCAGCCCCCACAUCAGGCUAGCCCCCACAUCAGACACACUAGGAGGCCCCAAAGACUCCAUGGUCAUCACGCCACACCUCCACCUGUCGUGCGACGUGCUGCCCUGCCCCCACCACCCCCUCGUCCAUCAUGAGAUCCAGGACGAGCAUCGCCCCUUGCGCCCGGUCAGAGUCGCUCCUCACGGAAGCAACGGGGGAAAGGAGGAGAGUCGCGGCGAGAUCGGACCUCGGAGUUUGGCCAGAGCGACCGAGCGGAGUGGAACAACGGGCCGGCCGAAGACUUCCAAGGUCGCGAGCCGCCCUUCCAAAACCAAAGUGGCGCACGGUGACGACGAUCGGGAACGUCGGGGCGGCGAUGGCGACCGUCGUCACGGCGCCUCGGGUCUCGACGUGACGAGCGAUCGGCAGAGCGGAAGUCGCACCGAGCCCGCAGAGAAGUCGUCGUCCCCUCCGGCGUCGAGCGCCGACCGGGGUAGCCCUGAGAGGGUGGCGAAGCCCGGCAGGGAACGGCACGAGAGGAGACGUAGCGGGGAGGACGCCGGUGCCGUCGAGAGGAAGGAGGUGCGACCCGAGAGAGCCAGAAAUGGGAAAAAGCGGAGGGAUGGAGGAGGCGGAGCGGAGCACGGUUCGGCACGGAGCGACGAGUCUCCAUUGAGCAGCGCUGUUGGUUUGGUCCUCAACGAACGACUCUUCAUGCCCGCCGAGUUGAAACGAUCCGAGACAAACGUGCCCCGGCCUGGUCGAGACAAGGGACGUGCGCCGCGUCCUCAUUCUCCUUCGUCGGCCCAACCGGGACUCCCGAGUGCCGUGCUGUGUCUCCUAGAGCAGGCAGAGGAUUCAGAUGGAGUGGAUUUCCCAGACGAUCCCCUGCUGAAGCUUCUAAGAGAGCAGAGAAACCGGGUCCGAGAUCGCCUGUGCGACACCACCCGCCUCAUCUCGUCCCUGGAGCUCACGGCACAUCCCUCCUGAGAAUGAGGAAAAUUCCGCGUGGGAAUUCUCCCGGUGAAUGAGACGUCGUCAGCAGGAUGGACAAGAUCCAAGCUUUUUUUACACUUUCCAGCGCAAGAUGAGAGCUCUGUGGGUCCACAACAUGAACCAACCCAUAAUAUAAUUAAAUGUGUGUUGCUAUUAGAGACAAAUUCUCGCACGCGUUUUGCCCUGAGAGCUACCCGUCGGCUUCAAGACUGCUCAUUAAAUAUUUGUAACGACAAACACUUGUUGGAAAGUGUAACGUUAUCUCCGCAUUUAUAGUUUUCAUAACUUGUUUUUAUUUCGCAGUCUGAAGCAGUAUCGUUGCUAUAAAUGUAUAAUUUCUUGUGGUGGGUUUCAUUCAGAGGUCAGUUUUCUUUUCCCUGUGAAGUUCAUGUUUAGCCUUGUUUACUACCGCAUCAAUACGACAAUAAAAAAAUGUGAAAUUACAUAUUCACAAACGUGUAGAUAGAUUUAGAAAAUGUAAGCAUCAGCUAUCUUUCCAAUGCCGUCAUCACCUUUGAGUAUCGCGAAGGAGCAAUCCAUCUAGCUCAUGGGUCAGCAAUCAAAAUAACAAGAAGAUCCAUUUCUUUCUAUUUCGGUAAAAAAAACUCAAUAUUUCAAUAGCCGCAAUGCAAGUGAAUACGAGAUGGUGGUCCUUAAUAAACGUCACGAAACAGUCCUUGGUGAAGCCGCAUGCGGCGACGGAGCCACAGGAUGCCGACCUCUGCCCAUGGUGAACUGGACUUCCAUGGUCAGGGGUCUGUAACCAAAAUAACAAAAAGAGCCGCACUGCUGUACUUAAAGAGCCACUGCAUGCAGCUCCGGAUCCACAGGUUGCCUACCCCUUGGGUCUAGUUCCUGCACAUGGGCUGGUUUCAUUGCCCCAUCGCCACGAUGUAAAUGCCCUCUGACGUGUUCUCAGGAUGGCCAGGCUCUGGUUCCAGAAGCAGAGUUUGCCAAUUUUAUAUGUUGUACGGAUCGGAGCUGGGGUCACUGGAAUCUUAUCAGAGCAUAGAGGCAGAGCUGAAGUUCUGGAGCAGCUCUGCAAUUGCCUUUGCUGUUACAAAUAGAUAUAUUAAAUACCUGACCCAAGUUUGAGUAGUUGAUUUUGUAAAACAGCAAUAAGGACUGUAUAUGUCUGUGCACAAACCAUUCAAAUUUCCUAAAUGUAAGUUCUAAAUUGAAGCAAAGUUAAAAGACUUCAUUGGCAGUGGCGCUCAAGCACAAAAAAACAGAUUAUUCCUUAACGCCGCUUAAAUAUUGCAAGAAUACACCAUGCAGUACUGUACUGCACUAAUGAAACCAUUUUGAGUCAUUGCCCAAAACAGCUUCAUGUAUUUUUCACCAAUGUAGUUUUUCUUUUCUAUAUUUCUGUUCAUGUGAUAUACAAGAAUGCCUUUCCUCAAAUAGAAGUUGAAAAAUAAUUCAAUUAUUGGCGCAGUAUUUCACAAAUGACCGUGACUGGCAUGGAGCCGAGCACACUUAGUUGAAAGGAAGGCGAAAAUAGUUGGUGGGGCCCUUAAAGAGUCUCUUAAAAGUCGGUGCAGAUUGAACGCUGCUGUGGAUGUGCAGCAGGUGGGAGCUACCGCGGAGAAACGAUGCCUGGAAGCAACGGUCCUGGUCCUUCGUAUAGGCAGCAGCUUGUGAAUCGCAUCGCCAAAUUUCCUGAUGAUGCUGGUUGCAACUAUCAGCGAAAAGACGCACCCAGUUGUGAAAUGUUGUGGGAUUGCUCAAGUGGUUCACGUGACAACGUCACUAAUUGGCUCUGGAGGGUGUACGACACACUUUGCACCUAUACGGUCUGAUCUAAAAAUAAAUUAUGAAUCAAAACACAGGCUUUCAUAAAUACAAUGAUCUCCUUUAAGCUUCUCAAGUUAUCCACAGAUGCACAGAUCCAUUGCUCAUGCUUCAUAACCAACUACAUUCCCUUCCCCCCCACAAGCAACACUCCAUACUCAAGUCCUUAAGUUUUAGGUAAUACCAUCAUGGAUGCAGUUUAAUAUGCCGGGAACAAGCUUACCGAGCAUAAUUAAGCUUAUUUUAUGGACAAAAAUGCACGAUUAAAUAAUAUUGCAUCAAUAUCUUUAGAAUUCAUGACACUAUAACGUGAAUAAUUAUUAGGUUCUCCGAUGUGGUGAAAAAAACGGAGUACGUGUUCAGAAAAUGCACUCCAUAACAGAAUUAAACUUAUCAAUGAACAGACUUCCGUAACUGAACGUCUUUGCACAAUCACACCACUUACACUCUAACCCGUGUCUGGAGCAUUUUGAAGGCAUACGAAAAUCAAUACGAGUUUAUAUAUAUUUUAUUUUUACUAUGCAUAGAAUAGACAGGGACACGUUUUCAUAAAAAAAAUAAGUGCGUGAUCCAUUUCUAGAUGUAAUAUCAUUUCAGAAGACGAGACAAAAAUCGAAACAAAAAAUUGUAAUAAAUGUGUACAUAGGAACCGGAUGGCAAGUGAGAAG